UACGUUUGUCAUAAUUGUUCGUGGCUCAUAACUGUCCGGUUUAGAGUUUGGCUGAUCGUGACCAGACGCAGAUGGACACAGAAGUUUGAGCGGCUCACUUGCCUCCUCAACACCACACAGUUUCUCUUCCUUUGUCGUUCGUGUUUUAAAGUGUUCGUAAAUCUGGGUGUUGCUGAUUACACAAACUGAAAGUGGAGUGAAGCUGUUGUCAGGCUGGAGAACGGAGAGACGCAUCUCGGUGCUCCGCUUGGAUACAGAAGAUCAACGCGGGUAAACGUGUUUAAGGAUGGAGGAGGAAGCGCCAGUCAAGCCGUCAGUAGCUCAGCUGGCUGGAAAACUCAAAGGUUAUGCACUGCCAAUGCCAGGAAACAUGGAGGUGAUAUCUUUGAGAAGACCCCCAUGUUCUUUAGCAAUAAACAACCAAAAAGAUGAAGAACAUGAAGAGAAGUCAUCUGUCUGUCCUCAUCCUCCUAAGAUAAAGAUAAAGAGUUCACCCCUCAUUGAAAAACUGCAGGCCAAUCUUGCCCUCUCUCCAACUGUCCUGCUCUCCCCACCCAAAAGUCCAGAGUCCAAACAGCCACCCACCACCUCAAGUCCCAUCAGCCCCUGCAGCUCCCUGAGCUCCACCCUGCAACCCACUCAACUGUCCUGUGAAGAUGAGGCACCGGUUAGCUUCGAGCAGCCGGUCGAGGGCACUCCACUGCCCAGCAUCAACAAGAGUCGAGCUAGGCUGUCUUUUAAGCGGCGUCUGCCCACACGACAACACAGGAAGUCAGCAUGUGAGGAGGCAAAAUGGAAUGAGGGAAAUGUCUCUCCCUGUGAACCAGACAAUCACCAGCAGAAUGGAGAUGAAGGGGAAUUGAUAAGAGGGCCUUCACAGGAGGACACAGAAAAUAAAAUGGACUCUGCUCAACCCACCAAUGGCCCACAUGAGGAAAAUAACAGGACAGAGCACAGAGAUGUACCCCAAGAAAUUGAGGGGACCCAAGUAACCCAUAUAGGAAAUAAGGAGGAAGAAGCUGAAGAGGGAUAUGAACCUUCUGACUGUAAACAGGACCAAAAAGAAGCGAAGGAAGAAACAGAAGAGGACAAGACAGAAGUGAAAGAGGACAAGGAAGUGCUGGAUGCUGAGAACAAACCAGAAUAGAUGUAACAGGGUCAUCAAAAUGGAUUUUUAUUUUGCCAAUCAGCAUUGAGUUAGAUUUUAGAUUUUUGUACAAAUCAAAUUGUACAAACUGCAAACAAACAUUUAUGUUUCAUCAAGUGGUCAGGUGGGAUCUUAUAUAUAAAAUGAAGCCAUUAUAACAAACCCAGAUUUUCUAUUCAAACUGUAUGUCUGAGUAAUUCAUAUGUCUCUAUCUUGCUUGCUUUUGCUUUUAAAUCAACUUUAAAUAAUUUAAAUAAAUGUUGAAUAAUUUUUUGCUGUUCAGAGAACAACAAUGCUUUAACUUUUCGAAAGCAUUCUUUAUUUAAAAAAUCCCAGCCUUUACCGGAUUUGAAUAUUUAAGUAAUUCAAUUUACAGAAUGGCAAAUACCACAGAAAUAGGUGUAUGUUUAUUGUCUGUCAGUUAAUUUAAAAUAUCUGACAUGGCUCUGUGACAGUCCUAGGCUCUGUAAACAGUAAAUGUUGGCUAGAAAUGUUUCAUAAAUACUUCAGAAAUGCUUUAUCCGUCAGUUAUUAUGAGUGUUUAGUUUUGCUGACAUGGCUGAGAGUUUUGGAGAGGGCGUGUGGUUAAAGUUGCAAAAUCACGAGUCAAUAAUUGCACUUUUGUUGUCUGAUGGUUAACAAAAUGCUUUUUUAACAUCUUGCAGAAAAAUGUAAAAUACAAGAUAAGUAAUACAAAGAUUUAGUGGCAGAUAAUGCGAAAGCCAAAUGCACCAGCAGUCUGCACUGUUGCUAUGCAAAGAUACUUUAUUAUUAAAUAAAAUGCCUGGAAUGUAUCACUGUGACUGCAAAGCUACUGUACUGCAUCAAUGACUUUCACUUCUUAUUUGAAAUUGAAUAAAGAGCUUUAUUUACACUUAAAUGCUUUCCUGUAUUAUGCA